GCUCAGUAAGCGCCGCGAGCUCGCCGUGGCCGGGAGCGUCUCGCGGUUGUCACGCGUUGAUAUAGGUAAAAUAUAAAACCUCGCACCCCCAGGCAACUUGCCCCCCAUCCCCCCGGCGACGAGACUGGUUCGCUGUUUCCGCAAGUUCCGAAACUUCGUGCGGGGGAAAGUUCCGCGAAGAAAAGUCGCGAGCGCGCCGGCGAAUCGUGAUAUUCCCGUCGACGUUUGUUUCCGCGAACUUACGCGAUUAACUCGCGUCACAGCGAGAUCACACUUGGCGAUUCUCUGGAAAUUUACUUUCGCAGAGGGACAAAAAGGGAUUACUCCAUUAAAUUCCAGACGAAAGUCGUUAGCUUUUUUUUUUUAUUUGAGAAAGAAAAAAAGGGAGACAAUUAAGUUGAAGCCUCGCAUCCCCUUUGCGUCGAACAGGAUGCUUUGAUCAAAGAUAAAAGUUCGACUAUAUUCGAUGAAUAGGAGGAGGUCUAGUUGCGCUAAGGGGCACUUCAACUUACUUCACUAACUUACGCUGAGAGGAUCCCGGAUCGGGGGAAGCUAGUCCGUGAGGAAUUGCGAGGUAGCUUUCGGCGAGCUGACGUCAUCUAGAACAAACAAGUAGACGGAAGGGUUCGCGGCGGGGAGGGUAUUAUGUCCCAGGGCUAGAGGAAAGAAAGCGAAGACGAAGCAGUAGGAGCAACAGCAGGAGCAGCGGCAGCAGCAGCAGCGGCGGCAGCAGCAGCAGUAGCAGUCGGAAAAGGAGAAGGUGAAGAAAGAAGAGAGAGAGCGAACGGAGAGGAGUAGAAAGACAUCAGAGGAAGCAUCGAAGACGAAGAACGAGAAGGAGGAGGAAGCUCGGAAGCUCGAGCCUCGGGGUUAUUACGACAGGCAAGUUAGACAGGCGAGAUAGGAUUUCGAUCGAGGUACUUCCGGGUGCCGCGGUGGUUAAGAAGCGAUUAAUGCGAUCGGCCCUAAUUAGCACUCGGCUAUCUCGCAGUCGUAACUCACUCUUUCGCCCGACGAUCCCGCGUGAUCGUGAAUAUCUGCUAAUUGAGACGUUAUCAUCGUUGUCGCCGGAGGACGAGGACGUGGAAGAGGAGGAGAAGGAGGAGAAGGAGAAGGAGAGACAGGGAGAACGAGGAGUGAGAUCGAUCCCACUUCGAUGCUAACUCAAGAUAUUUUUGGCAUCAUUCAGCAAUGACGACCGGUGCCGUAUCCUCGAGAAACGUCUCCGUGCUUCUUAUCGACUGAUUGAUCAGAUUCGGCUGAUCAGACGAGGCGUCCUGAUCCUCCCACGCAUUAAAUAGGGACGCGGACGAGCGAUGUUCGAUAAAGCCACGUAAGGAUCGCGCGUGCCUGUUUUUCCCCUUCGCUUUUCCUUCGUCGAGGGUGACGGAAAGAGAAGGAGCGUAAAGAUGUGCUCGAGAUCGUUGCUACUGUGCGUCCUCGGCAUCAUCGCUGUCAUCAACGAAUCCGAAGCCAGCUGGGAGGAAUGGUGGACCUACGAUGGUAUUUCCGGACCGUCGUUUUGGGGCCUGAUAAAUCCGCAGUGGUCCCUCUGCUCCAAAGGAAGGCGACAGAGUCCCAUCAACAUCGAGCCCGACAAGUUGCUUUUCGAUCGUCACUUGAGACCGGUGCACGUCGACAAACACAGGAUUUCCGGACACUUACAUAAUACUGGGCAAUUCCUGGUAUUCAGAGCAGACAGGGAGGCGAAGAUACGGGUUAAUAUAACGGGUGGCCCGCUCGCCUAUCACUAUCAGUUCGAAGAGAUAUAUAUUCACUAUGGAAUGGACGACGGUCAUGGUUCCGAGCAUCGUAUUAAUAACUAUGCUUUCCCCGCUGAAAUACAAGUCUACGGCUUUAAUGCCGAACUGUAUCACAACAUGAGCGAGGCGCAGCAUAAAAGUCAGGGGCUGGUGGCGAUCUCGUUAAUGGUGCAGCUCGGCGAGACGUUAAAUCCCGAGCUACAGAUCAUCACCAGCGUGUUCAACAAGGUCAUACAUCGAGGGGACACCGCACCCGUGCGCUACCUCUCCCUGAAAAGCCUUCUACCGGACACCACCGGUUACAUGACUUACGAGGGCAGUACAACGCACCCCGGUUGUUGGGAAACGGCGGUCUGGCUGAUCCUCAACAAACCAAUUUACAUCACGGCGCGAGAGCUGUACGCCCUAAGGAAAUUAAUGCAGGGCCCCACCAAUGCGCCGAAAGCGCCUCUCGGUAACAAUUCCAGACCGCUGCAGGGUCUUCAUUACAGAACCGUGAGGACGAAUAUCGAUUUUGCUAAGCGGGGAAACGCCAAGUGUCCGUCGAUGGCGCAGGACAUGCAUUAUAGAGAUGACUUUUUCCUUCCAGCCAACACGUGGCGGGACGACGGCUCCCUAUCGCACAACGUAGUCUGAGGCCAUCUCCGCGGCAGGACCACGAGAGGGGACUUUUCCUUGAAGGCGUGGAACGAAAUUGGUUCAUGCGGCGCGACAGAGGGUGGGGGAGGCUGCUGAUGGAGAGAGCUAAUUUCUAUCCGGGAGAAGAAACGUUGUGGCCCGCUGUGGUGCUGUGUGAAAAGAGACAGUAAAAUUUUGAAAUAAGUAAGCCGAUGCGCGAGAUGAGUAGCGCGCGAUAACCCGAGAGAUGGACAAAACAGUUGUGCAAUGUAACCGCUAUGUCUCUCAUCGCAGAAGUUUAUGUGUACAUAAUUAUCCGCAAAUUAUAUGCCGCGCGCGUAUAAUUUGUAUAGAUAAGUUCGCCGCCGUCGAUCGAAAUUUUGUUUUCAUUCUCCGGAGUAGCGAGGACAAAGUUGCGUGUUUCCACAGCACACUAACGUAAUUCUCGUAAACGCGGGUGAUCAAAGGAGCUUUAAGUGUCUUGCCGGGGAAUACAGAUUUUCGUUUAAUGCUGUUUGUAAGUUUAUGCAUUGGAGACUAUAACAGUUAUCAAGGAUGGGCGCAACUUAAAGUAAUACGUGUUAUUAUAAAUUACGUUGUGCACAU